UCUGCUUCGCACACUGCUUAACGGCUCAUGGACAUAGGGGCUGGCACAGAUAGCUCUGAUGAUAUCCAGACUCAGGUCCUUCAGACAACCCUUGCCGAGGUAGCGACAUUACGGCAGGCAGCUGCGAGUUCCAACGAGGGCGGCGACGACGCCUCGGAGCGCCCUGAUUGCUGCGUCAUCUGCCUUGAUACAAUAUCAGAUCCUUGCGCCGCUCUGCCCUGCGCGCAUUCUCACUUCGAUUUCCUUUGCCUGCUCAGCUGGCUGGACCAGCGCCCAGCAUGCCCGCUAUGCAAAGCGGGCGUAUACAAAGUCCGGUACACCGAUGCCUCCAAGGGCGAGAGCAUCUAUCGCGUCCCAAACGCCCCCAAGAACCGCAAUAGCGCGGCGACAAGUGACGCCGCCACGCGAACAUUCACAGACUCAAGUACGAGAGGAGGCGCCUUCCUACACAAUAGCCUAUUCCGAGACACGGAUAGAAGAUGCUCGCGAAGGGGACCCCACCGCCCGAGAUCGCCUCCCACCCCAGACGAGGCUAUCCAGCGCCGGCGCUACAUCUACCGGCACCAGCUGUACUCUCUCCCAGACGUAGGAUCCAACCGCCACUCGCGGUACCGGCCGCAGCCACCCACACCAACCCAGUUGUCGUCGACGCCGCAUCUUGUGUCACGGGCCCGCCUAUGGAUCCGUCGCGAACUGCAGGUCUUUUCAUUCCUCUCCGACUCCGACACCGACCCCAGCAGCAACAAUAAUAACAACAGCCGCCGGCGCGCAAACGCCGAGUUCCUCCUCGAGUAUGUGGUCGCCGUGCUCAAGACGGUCGACCUGCAGUCGGCGGGGGGCCACGCCGAGUCCCUGCUGGCCGACUUUCUGGGCCGUGACCACGCCCGCCUGUUUCUGCACGAGCUGCGUUGCUGGCUGCGCAGUCCCUGCGGCUCGCUCGCUGCGUGGGAUCGUGAGGUGCAGUACCCGGAUCCGAAUGUGCGGCGUCCCCGUUCGGGUCAUGAUCAUGAGGAUGAUGAUGAUGAUGAUGAUGAGAGGGUAGAAAGGGAAGACCUACCCGGCGGCACAGGCCCAGGCACGUCUUGGCGGGAUCGGAGUGGUGGGGAUCACUGGCGGGCUGCUGCUCGUGAUGCUCAUCACCGGGGUAGGAAGAGGAAGGGGAAAGGUUUUGAAGACGAUGGUGGUGGUGCUGCUGCUGCUGAGGGCAAUCAGAGGGUCAACCGGCCUAGGAGAGAUCCGAGGCGAGAAAGGACUCGCACUGGUGAGGGGAGGAGUGGUUGCUGAGAUGGCAUACCAACCUCACCUUCAUGUGUGUGAUCACACAAGGCUGGUAUGACGAGCCGAAUAGAUUACCACAUGUACGCAGGUACGGUGUAUCCUGGCGGUUGGUACAUUCACGCAAUGGGCGUACGGCCUCCCCCAUCGGGUUGCUGCCCCUGGUUCUCUGCUUAUGCUGUAUGUCGUUGUACGAAAGGCGGAUCUCGUGUACAGCCGGCCGGAAUAUCCAAAGCAAUUCGAAAGAUGUACGAAUCAUUUCCCAAGCUAUCGGACGAAACCUGGGACGGUUUGACUAACUCCUUACUAAAGCACUGUGGCUAGCGAUUUGCCAACAGAUGUUCAAAUUCUAAGAUGCUACACACAUUCAG